CCACUUCUUCCAACUCGCGCCUUCCCCCAAUUCCCCCAAUUCCCCCUUCUCACUCUCUCUUAUUGUUUCUCACUUCUCCAAGGGGAGCCUCUGUCGGUGAUCCGCUUCUCAAGAACAAUGGCCUCUCACAUUGUUGGAUAUCCUCGCAUGGGCCCCAAGAGGGAGCUCAAGUUUGCCCUUGAAUCAUUCUGGGAUGGGAAGACCACCGCUGAAGACUUGAAGAAGGUGGCUGCAGAUCUGAGGUCCUCCAUCUGGAAACAGAUGUCUGCUGCUGGGAUCAAGUACAUCCCCAGCAACACCUUUUCAUACUACGAUCAGGUGCUCGACACCACUGCAUUGCUUGGGGCCGUUCCUCCUAGAUAUGGUUGGACUGGCGGUGAGAUUGGUUUCGAUACCUACUUCUCCAUGGCUAGAGGAAAUGCGUCUGUUCCGGCUAUGGAAAUGACCAAGUGGUUUGACACAAAUUACCACUUCAUUGUCCCCGAGUUGGGCCCAGAGGUGACCUUCUCUUAUGCUUCCCACAAGGCUGUCGAUGAAUACAAAGAAGCCAAGGCUCUUGGAGUAGACACCGUUCCAGUUCUUGUUGGCCCUGUGUCGUACUUGUUGCUCUCUAAACCUGCAAAGGGUGUCGACAAGACCUUCUCCCUUCUCUCCCUUCUUGACAAGAUCCUUCCCGUCUACAAGGAGGUUAUUUCUGACCUCAAAGCGGCAGGCGCUACUUGGAUUCAGUUUGAUGAGCCUACUCUGGUGCGGGAUCUUGACUCACACCAAUUGCAAGCCUUCUCAAAUGCAUAUGCUGGACUAGAAUCAACUCUCUCUGGCUUGAAUGUUCUUGUUGAGACAUAUUUUGCUGACGUCCCUGCUGAGGCAUACAAGACCCUUACUUCUUUGAAGGGUGUCACUGCCUAUGGGUUUGAUUUGGUUCGUGGCCAUCAAGGACGAGGUCGAGGAUCUCGAGAAGGCUGGCAUUAAUGUCAUCCAAAUCGAUGAAGCUGCUUUAAGAGAAGGAUUGCCUCUUAGGAAGUCUGAGGAAGCUUUCUACUUGGAUUGGGCAGUUCAUUCUUUCCGUAUCACAAACUGUGGUGUCAAAGACACGACUCAG